AUGAAGAAGACUAGAGGAAAAGAGAUUGUGAGAGAGCUCGCGAAGAAGGCGGACGUCCUGGUCGAGAACUUCAGGCCGGGCACCAUGGACCGUUUGGGCCUGGGGUACGAUUCCCUCAAAGAAGUGAACCCGAGAUUGAUAUAUGCAAGCAUUUCCGGGUAUGGGCCUAGUGGGCCUUAUGGUAAAAGGGCAGGAUACGAUCCUAUCGCUGCUGCUGAAGCUGGCCUCCUCCAUGUUACCGGCGAGCGGACCGGUCCUCCUGUGCGAACCGGCAUCGGCAUGGUCGACAUGUCAACAGGGCUGUACCUGCACGGAGCCAUCCUAGCAGCACUCUAUGCUCGGGACCGUGGAGGAAAGGGCCAGCGAGUUGAAGCGUCGCUUUUCGAGACGCAGAUCAGCAUGCUGACCAACGUUGGCUUGGGGUGGCUUAACCUGGGCGUUGAAGCCCAGCGCUGGGGCUGCCAACAUCCCAGCAUAUCGCCCUACGAUGCUUUUCAGACAAAGGAUAAUUAUCUCGUCUGCGGGGCUAACAACGAUGCACAAUUUGCCACCUUCUGCGAGGUUCUGGGGCUAGAAGAGUUGAUCAUGGACGAACGGUUCGUGACAAACGCCCUGAGGGUCGAACAUCGCGAGGCCCUGCACUCGAUUGUCAGCGCCGUCCUCAAGCAGAAGACGACAGACGAGUGGACAAGCCUGUUCGAGAAGACAACUCUCGCAUUCGCCCCGAUCAACAACAUGGAGCGCGCGUUCGCCCACCCCCAGACCGCGGCUCGGGCCAUGGUCGCCGAGAUGCAGACACCCACUGCGGAGUCGGGAAAGAUUCGCGUCAUUGGGCCGGCUGUCAAGUUCAGCGAGACAAAGACCAGCUUGCGAACUUCGCCGCCUAUGCUCGGCCAGCACACCACUGAGGUCCUCAGCACCCUCGGCAUCAAUGCCGAUGAGGUAGAAGAAUUGAGGCAAACGGGCGUGGUGUGA